GCCCGGCCUCGGGAGGGGUCUCAGGGACCACAGCACGAGCCGCCAUUGAUCCCGCGUCUGCCCGGGCCGAGACCGGCGCUGACCCUUGACUCGCGUCCUUGCCCUUCACCUUCGCAGCAGCCCUGCGAGAAGAUUUGUGGACUGGCGCAGCCCCUGCCAGUGAUGGGAAGCAGUGCUAAGUGGCAGUGCUGAAGCUCUCUGAGUAUGAUUCGAAUUGCAGCCUUAAAUGCCAGCUCCACAGUUGAGGAUGAUCAUGAAGGAAGCUUUAAAAGUCACAAAACACAGACCAAGGAAGCCCAGGAGGCAGAGGCUUUUGCCUUGUACCACAAGGCCCUGGAUCUGCAGAAACAUGACCGGUUCGAAGAGUCUGCUAAGGCCUACCAUGAGCUCCUGGAGGCGCGCCUGCUGCGAGAGGCAGUUUCGUCAGGUGAUGAGAAAGAGGGGUUGAAACACCCCGGGCUGAUGCUGAAAUACUCCACGUAUAAGAAUCUGGCCCAGCUGGCAGCCCAGCGAGAGGACCUGGAGACCGCCAUGGAGUUCUACUUGGAGGCAGUCAUGCUGGACUCCACGGAUGUCAACCUCUGGUAUAAAAUCGGACACGUGGCCCUGAAGCUCAUCCGGGUUCCCCUGGCUCGCCAUGCUUUUGAGGAAGGGCUGCGGUGCAAUCCUGACCACUGGCCUUGCUUGGACAACCUCAUCACUGUCCUGUACACCCUCAGCGAUUACACAAGUGAGUUAGGCUUUGGUGCUUUCUCCCAUGUGCUCGUGUUUUGGGGACAGAAGAAGGAGGGCGGCUUGGGCAAGUUGGAACCCAAAGUAAACACUGGGGGCUUUCUGCCCACUGUCGGGGAGAAUGGAGAUGUUUUUGCAUCCUGCUUUGUUCUGCUUGUCUUUCUUAAUCAAGGUUUAUCAAGUGCAUUGUAGUAAUAAGUAGCUUGUUCUUUGA